AUGAGUUCUCUCAAGCAGUUCAUCCGCAACGUCCGCGCCGCAAAGACCAUCGCCGACGAGCGCGCCGUGAUCCAGAAGGAGAGUGCGUCUAUCCGAGCAAGCUUCAGGGAGGAGAGCGCAGACCACGGCGUCAGGCGGAACAAUGUCGCAAAGCUCCUCUACCUCUUCACCCUAGGCGAACGAACACAUUUCGGCCAGAUCGAAUGUCUCAAGCUCCUCGCGUCGCCCCGGUUCGCUGACAAGCGGCUCGGCCACCUGGCUACGAGCUUGCUGCUCGAUGAGAAUCAAGAGGUGCUGACUCUAGUUACAAACUCGUUGAAGAAUGAUCUCGGCCACUCGAAUCAGUAUGUCGUUGGUCUGGCCCUCUGCACGCUGGGCAACAUCGCUUCGGUGGAGAUGUCUAGGGAUCUGUUCCCCGAAAUCGAACAACUAGUGUCCACGGCAAACCCCUACAUCCGAAGAAAAGCUGCCCUCUGCGCAAUGCGGAUAUGUCGAAAGGUCCCGGAUCUGCAAGAGCACUUUGUUGAGAAAGCUACUGCUCUUCUAUCAGACAGGAACCACGGUGUGCUGCUCUGUGGCUUGACGCUAGUUACCAGUCUGUGCGAGGCAGAUGAGGAGGAAGGCGGAGAGGAAGGCAUAGUGGAGAAGUUCCGACACUUUGUGCCAGGCCUCGUCCGGACCCUGAAGGGCUUGGCAUCGUCUGGCUAUGCCCCUGAGCAUGAUGUCACCGGCAUCACCGACCCCUUCGUACAAGUGAAGAUCCUACAUCUCCUUCGAGUACUUGCUCGUGGAGAUGCACAGAUCAGUGAGCAGAUCAACGACAUUCUAGCACAGGUUGCCACGAACACGGACUCGUCCAAGAAUGUUGGUAACUCCAUCCUGUACGAGGCUGUGCGAACCAUCCUAGACAUCGAAGCCGACUCGGGUCUGAGAGUGCUGGGUGUGAACAUUCUCGGAAAGUUCCUCACGAACAGGGAUAACAACAUCCGUUAUGUUGCCCUAAACACUCUGAUUAAGGUGGUCGCUCUUGAGCCGAAUGCGGUUCAAAGGCACAGGAACACGAUCUUAGAGUGUCUCAGAGACCCAGAUAUCAGCAUCAGGAGACGGGCUUUGGAUUUGAGCUUCACACUGAUAAACGAGAGCAACGUGCGAGUUCUUAUCAGAGAGCUGCUGGCUUUCUUGGAGGUUGCAGACAACGAGUUUAAGCCUACCAUGACGACCCAGAUCGGUCUUGCGGCCGACAGAUACGCCCCUAACAAGAGAUGGCAUGUUGAUACUAUGUUGAGAGUCUUGACAUUGGCUGGAAACUACGUCAAGGAGCCCAUCAUGUCAUCUGUCAUUCGACUUAUUGCCACGACACCGGAACUACAAACAUAUGCAGUUCAGAAGCUCUAUACCAACCUGAAGAAGGACAUCACGCAAGAGAGUCUCACUCAAGCGGGUUCCUGGUGUAUUGGUGAGUACGGUGACGCCUUGCUCAGAGGUGGACAAUACGAGGAGGAAGAGCUAGUCAAGGAGGUGAAGGAGAGCGAGGUCGUUGACUUGUUUUCCACCAUUUUGAACAGCAACUAUGCUACCCAGGUGGCCACCGAAUAUAUAGUCACAGCAUUGAUCAAGCUCACCACAAGAUUUACGGACCCUGCACAGAUAGAGAGGAUCAGGAGACUUCUUCAAACACAUCAGACCAGUCUCGAUGUCGAAGUCCAGCAGCGCGCGGUUGAGUACGGUAACCUCUUUGCGUACGACCAGAUUCGAAAGGGCGUGUUGGAGAAGAUGCCACCGCCGCAAAUUAAGGAGUCGUCGAGAGUCUUGGGAGAGGCUGCCAAGACAACCAAGAAGGCUACCAACCGGAAGUCAAAGGUCGUCAAGCCCUCGGAGCAAGACCUACUCAUGGAUCUCAUGGGCGAUAGUGCACCGGCACCGCCCCCGACAAAUGGUGCGCCGAACAAUGCCGAUCUACUUGCAGAUAUUCUAGGCGGCACCACUUCACCACCACCAAGUUCCGCCGCUUCUCCUCCCCCGUCAUCGAACGUCGCUUCCAUCAUGGACUUAUUCUCCUCAGGGCCGGCACAGUCCACGCCUCCCCCAGGAGGCAUGGCCGCAGCCGCACCCCCAUCCUCCGGCCUCGACCUCCUAUCACCCGUAUCAUCUCCUCCACCGCAGGCACAGGCUGCAGCCGCAGCACCUGCCGGCCACCCAUGCUACAAUAACAACGGCCUGAACAUCACGAUCCAAACACAGAGGAACGCAGAAGGCAUUGUCCAGGCGACUGCUCGGUUCCGCAACGCCUCGGGCGGCCCGCUCUCCGCUGUCGGUGUCCAGGCCGCCGUGCCGAAGACGCAGAAGCUGCAGCUCAUGAGCAUCUCGAACACGGAGCUGGCGCCGGGGACGGAGGCGACGCAGGUGAUGAGGGUUCAGGGUGCUAAAGGACCUUUGCGUCUGCGGUUGAGGAAUAAUGAGCCUCGGUUCGCUGAGUCGAUGUUAACAAACAGAAACCUCAACGCCUCAAUAAGUAUUGAAGUUCUUGUCAACAAGCAUUUCCAAUGA